AUGUUGGGCUUCGGCAAUAGUGCCUCGGGAGCACAUCGGGCUUCGUCCCAACAAACCAACGGACCGUUGAGACUCUUGAGAAUUACUCCUGUGACGGAUUCUUCUUCCUCUCUCAGGGAAUUAAUGCUGAGAGGCAUUGGAUUGGCUUUCUUAGCCAUUUGGGUUGAAAUUUGGAUUUUGGAUAAAUUUAUGAUGGAUGAAGCUCCAUCAUAUUCAUUGCCUCCUUUUCUUGAAAAGACCUAUGAGAUGGUUGAUGAUCAUUCCUCGAACUCUGUUGUGUCCUGGAGUCAGAGCAAUAAAAGCUUCAUUGUUUGGAAUCCUCCAGAAUUUGCAAGGGUUCUUCUGCCCAGAUUCUUCAAGCACAACAACUUCUCCAGCUUUAUUAGGCAGCUCAAUACAUAUGGUUUCAGGAAAAUUGAUCCUGAACAAUGGGAAUUUGCAAAUGAGGAUUUUGUUAGAGGUCAGCCCCACCUUUUGAAGAACAUUCGUAGACGCAAGCCUGUUCACAGUCAUUCCACGGUAAAUCUGGCUUCUUUACCCCCUUUAACUGAAUCGGAGAGGGAAGGUUAUAAGGAUGAUAUUGAGAGGCUAAAACAUGAUAAAGAAUCGCUUCAUUUGGAAGUACAGAGACAUAAACAGGAUCGAGAUGCACUUGAAUUACAAAUGCAGGGUUUGACAGAACGUUUGCAACAUGUAGAACAAAAUCAUAAAAAUAUGUUGUCCUCGCUGGCUCUAACAUUGGACCAACCAGCUGUUACUUUAAACCUCACUCUGCAAAGGGAGAUUCAUGAUAGAAAAAGAAGAUCUCCUGGUACCAGUUGCUUGUAUAAUGAAACCAGCAAGGAAGAUAAUUAUAUGGAAUCUUCUCAAAAUUCCUCGAGAGAAAAUAUAAAUAUGACUUCAAUUUUGAAUUUCAUCAAAGAAUUGACAGAGAAGCUGGAGUCUUCUUUAAGACUAUGGGAGAACAUAGUACUUGAUAUUGAUGAAGGUUUAGUGCAUCGUAAUACAUCACUGGAGUUGGAUGAAUCUACAGUUUGUGCAGAUAGCGUCACUAUUUCUUCCACACGACUAAAUUUUGAUAUUGGAUCUAAGACCUGUUGGAUUGACAUGAAUUCUGAGCCUGACCCUGCCAUUAUUCCUGAAGUGCAACCUUCCUUGGGAGAACAGCCUGUUGGGAUGGCUACCAAUGUGCGAGCGGGUGUCAAUGAUGUAUUCUGGGAACAAUUCCUUACUGAAAAUCCUGGUUCAAAUGAUGAGUCUGAAUUUCAGUCAGAAAGGAAAGAUACGGACGACAGCAAAAACGAAAACAAAGUAGUUGAUCAUGGGAAAAACUGGUGGAAUAUGAGAAGUGUUGGUAACUUUGCGGAACGCCAUCUUACUCCAGCUGAGAGAACUUGA